AUGAAGACGUUUCUUGUCUGGUUGCCAUUGGCGUCUGCCGUCUUUGGCGCCGCCAUCAAGCGCAAUGAAUUUGAAGGGGCUCCCGGCGGCAACAUGCCUGUUCAGGGAAACUGGCCAGGCGAGCCAGGUUGGCCAGGUUGGCCAGAGACUACGCCAUGCGAGACCGAGACUCCAAUCCCAACGGAGACUACGCCAUGCGAGACUAGCGAGACUCCAGUUCCAACCUGCUCUACUUGCACUGAGACUACUGGCACCGGCUAUCCGACUCAGACCACCGAGACCACGCCUUGCGAGACUAGCGAGACUCCAGUUCCAACCUGCUCUACUUGCACUGAGACUACUGGCACCGGCUACCCGACUCAGACCACCGAGACCACGCCUUGCGAGACCAGCGAGACUCCCGUUCCAACAGAGACUACUGGUACCGGCUACCCAACUCAGACCACCGAGACCACGCCUUGCGAGACUAGCGAGACUCCAGUUCCAACCUGCUCUACUUGCACUGAGACUACUGGAACCGGCUACCCAACUCAAACCACCGAGACCACGCCAUGCGAGACCAGCGAGACUCCAGCUCCAACAGAGACUACUGGCACCGGCUACCCGACUCAGAGCACUGAGACCACGCCUUGUGAGACCAGCGAGACUCCAGCUCCAACAGAGACUACUGGCACCGGCUACCCGACUCAGAGCACUGAGACCACGCCUUGUGAGACCAGCGAGACUCCCGUUCCAACAGAGACUACUGGUACCGGCUACCCGACUCAGAGCACUGAGACCACGCCUUGUGAGACCAGCGAGACUCCCGUUCCAACAGAGACUACUGGUACCGGCUACCCAACUCAGACCACCGAGACCAGCGAGACUCCAGUUCCAACCUCAAGCGUACCCUGCUCUACCUCCACUAUGACUAUCACGGAGACUUACACCAGCACCACCUGCCCAGAGACCACAAUGACCCAAACCAGCGGAUCCGAGACUCUUACCGUUACCAGCACCGAGACUCAGACUUUGACUUUCACUACCAUUACUACGUCUGAGACUGUGAUUACGCUUACCCCAACUGGUACUCCUCCACCAGAGAGCCCAUCAACAGAGAACCCCCCAUACCCAACUGGCACUGGUAUCCCAUCGCCACCACCGGGACCUACCGUUGUUCCCCCACCAGAAACUACUGUUGUGCCCCCGCCAGAAGAGUCUACUGUUGUGCCCCCGCCAGAAGAGUCUACUGUUGUUCCCCCACCAGAAACUACUGUUGUGCCCCCACCAGAAGAGUCUACUGUUCCACCAUCUUACCCGUCACAAUCCUCAGAGACUCCAAUCCCAUCGGAAACUACAGGCACUGUUAAUCCAACUGAAUCCGUUCCUCAGCAGCCAUCUGAAAGCCAGCCACCAAGCUACCCAUCCCCGCCCCCAGAGACUACGGAGACUGCUGAACCAACUCCAUCACUUCCCCCAUCCUACCCAUCCCCAACUGGGACCGGUGCUCCUCCUUCACCACCAUCGGAAAGCUCCCCAGGUGGCACCUACCCUACUGAGCAGCCCAGCCCAACCAGCCCAACUCCAGUUUCACCUCCAACAUACACUGGUAUGGCUAGCCGUACCAAGAACACUGGACUCGCUGCUCUGAUGGCUAUUGGAGUUGCUAUGAUACUGGCAUGA